AUGCUCAAGACCUUGGGGCAUGACGAGAGUUCCGAAGCCAAAGGUGUGUUUCAGGAACGCGCAAGUGACAGAUGCAAAGACGAGCUUGAGAACGGUGAUGACCAGGAGGAUUUGGAUGAGGAGGAGGAGGACGACGACAGAAGGCGCGUGACUCCUUCGCACGUCGAACGGGAAUUCUUCUUAGGUAGCGACUCCGAGCAACCUCUGCAAGAGGUGCCGCGUCCACAGGAGAUCGAUCCAAAGCUGGAGGCAGUUCAUGCCGCUCAGGCAUUCAUGUUCACAAAAUCCGGUGGAACACGGAAAGCGUUGGUCGACUGGGGUCCCAGGACUGGGCACAUCCGCCUGUGGAAGGACAAAUAUGGAGAAGGUUGGAUUGAACCAGAAGAGCCGAUUCAGAAUGAUUGCAUGCACCCAUCCGGAAUGGUUUGGUUCUAUGAUCGCGAAGCCUCGGAGAAUUUUACAAAAAAGAGCAUUGUGGACCUUCGAGUAAAGUUUAUGCUCUACGAGCAGAACUUUAAGUUGGGUGCUGCUUUUGUGACGCUAUUGGAACGACCAGGGGAACAACAAAAGAGUUGCUCCUCAUCGCUGCCGCGGCGCCAAAGAGCCCGCGAAGAGUUGCAAACGGAGUGUCGAAAGCGACGAAGAACAGAGGAGGAAAACGAGGGAAUUGAGGAAAGACAAAGCGAGGAGGAAAAUCAAGGCGAGCUAGCCGAGAUGGCCGAAAUGGAGAAUGAGAGCUUUUGCGACGAAGAUGCUGGGCAGGACGGCAGCCAAGACAGCCCCCGUAAUUCUCAUGCUGCAAAUGCCGUGUAUGAGAAGUACGAUGAAGACGAGGAGGACGACAAUUACCAGCAGGAGCUUGACGAAAUACCACAGGUGCCGCAGCCGCCAUGUGAGCCUCCUCCAAAGCGGCCAAGAGCUGGAGCCCCUGGAGCUGCCCAUCAGAAUGCAAAGUCAAUGUUGCAAACUGAGGUUCCACUAGCAAUGAAAGGGCUUGCGGAGAAAGAAACCAUUUGGUCACCUUCAGACCUCUCUAAACGAACUCUGAAGUACUUCGUUGGAGGUCUGAGUGCAGCCGAACAUCAGGAUGACUGGAAUGCAGCUGCCGAGAAGUUCAUAAGGAACAGCCUUGAUUCAUUUUCGAGAGCUUGCAGCAGCAAACCCUGGUUCUUAGACGCUGAAGAUUUGCUGAAACCGAUUCUCCAUUCGGUUUCCUGGGAGCUGAUACAGGACUGCAGCGAUGCAUCAGAGUGCUCGUCCGAGUCACUACAAGAGCUGGUUGAAGAGUGCUAUGGAAAGAUGAUGGACGGGUGCAACUUUGACCAUUCUGUGCGAGAUGCUGUGCGCCAAUCUUUCGGCCAGCAUGGAAAAGAAAUCGAAGCGAAGGUGGUCACUGCUUUGCUUCGUACUCACGAAGGGGCAGUCAAAAAGGCUACUGAAGCAGAAGGUAGCAGCAUGCGAAAAAUAGAGGCCUUUACAAAGAGUUGGAUGAACCUGGGCAUGGAUCGAGCAUCUGUGAUGCUGAGUCACCCCGAAGAGCUUUUUUCAGAAGAUGCUAUUCUGGAGCUCUUCAGAUUGUUGUUGUCUCCGACAAUUUGUGAAAGCUACACUUGCGUACCACGACACUUGAGGAGCCCAAAAGGAAGGCCUCCCAGAAAUUGGAACUACAUUCGCCCAUGUGUGCGAGAGUUGCUGAAGCGGUGGAGAGAAGCAAGAGGAAGCGGCGGGAAAUCGCAAAAGAAUGGAGAUAAAGUCGAGAAGAAUCCGUUGCCCAAACGAGUGAUGCCAGCAGCUCUGAAAGCAAAGAAGUGA